ACGAAGGAGCUUUCCCCUCCCGGAGGAGCGCAGCCAUGGAGGAGAUGCUCACCUGCAACCGGAGCCCCUUCUCCCAGGUGUUCGGGCGCCAGGGUCAGCUCAUGCAAGCCACUGUGCAGUCCCUGAACAGCCUGAAUGACCAGAUUGCGAGCUUCAUGGUGACUGGACCCAAGUCCCUGGAGCAGGAGGAGCCCGCCUUCCCUCCCCCGGAGAAGGAGACCAUGCAGAAAUCCAUGACCCUGAUGAGGCACCUCCUUGUGGAUGCUCAGGCAAAAAUCCUGAAAAUGAUGGAUGACAACAAGCAGCUGGCCCAGCGCAUCGAUGGGGCCAUCCAGUCGGCCAGCCAGGAGGUGACCAACCUGCGGUCGGAGCUGAGCGCCACCAGCCGCAGACUGGCCGAACUGGGGGCGACGGACUCGUCCGCCGGCAUGCUGGAGACCCUGCAGCACAACCACAACGAUUCCUCUCCUGCACGGCAGAAACCACCAGCCACCGAAGUCUGCUACAAGACCGAGAUCAGCAGUCUCAUGGACUUCAACUCUCCGGACGCGUCUCUGGACAAAGUGCUGCUGCGUGAGGAGGUGGCGCAGCUCCAGGAGGAGGUGCACCUGCUGCGGCAGAUGAAGGACAUGUUGAGCAAGGACCUGGAGGAGACCCAGGGAGGCUGCUCGGCCGACGUGCUCUCCGCCACCGAGCUGCGCGUGCAGCUGGCCCAGAAGGAGCAGGAGCUGGACCGGGCCAAGGAGGCUCUGCAAGCCAUGAAGUCAGACCGUAAGCGUCUGAAGGCGGAGAAAGCCGACCUGGUGAACCAGAUGCAGCAGCUCUAUGCCACUCUGGAGAGCCGAGAGGAGCAGCUCCGCGACUUCAUACGCAACUAUGAGCAGCACAGAAAGGAGAGCGAGGACGCAGUGAAGGCACUGGCCAAGGAGAAAGACCUCCUGGAGAGAGAGAAGUGGGACCUGCGGCGGCAGACCAAGGAGGCCACGGAGCACACGGGGAUGCUGCGCUCCCAACUGGACCUCAAGGAGAACCGGAUCAAGGAGCUGGAGGCCGAGCUGGCCAUGGCCAAGCAGUCUCUCGCCACUCUGACCAAGGACGUCCCCAAGCGCCACUCGCUGGCCAUGCCCACGGAGGCGGUCGUCAACGGCAACAACCAGGAGUGGGUGAUGCAGGCCGAUCUCCCUCUGACGGCCGCCAUCAGGCAGAGUCAGCAGACGCUCUACGUGCACACCGGACACCCCACCGACAGACAGGUGGCUGCCGUGCGGGUGAGCCCGUGCCACUCGCGCCAGCCCUCCAUCAUCUCCGACGCCUCUGCGGUGGAGGGGGACCGGUCAUCCACACCCAGUGACAUCAACUCACCGCGCCAUCGGACUCACUCUCUGUGCAAUUCCCUAGAAGAUCUGGAGGAGGCGAAGCGUAAGAAAAAGAAAGAGAAGAUGGGCUUGGGCUCUUUGUCGCGCGUCUUCGCCCGGGGAAAGCAGCGCAAGUCCCUCGACCCCGGUUUGUUUGAUGGUACUUCAACACCUGAUUAUUACAUAGAGGAGGAUGCAGACUGGUAAAGCACACACGUCCCCGAGCACCUGGAGAGCCUUUGUGGCCAUUAUCGAAAGACAACAUUGUGUUGAAGCACACGAGUGUGUGUGUGUGGAUCAGUGUCCGUGUGUACAGUUGUAAUAAUUUGUGCGCCUGUGUAGUAUCACAUGCAAGCGUGUGUGUGUGUAUGAGCGAGUGUUUGCGUGCGCGUGUGUGUGUGUCAUCCAUGGUCAGAGGCCAUGUCAGAAGCCAGAGGCGCGUCUUGCUUCGCUGAAGUGUAAACCUUAACAAGCAAAUUGCACCUGUAUGUAAUGUACAGUCCUGUAAAUAGAGAACAACACGGCGGCGGCGGCGGCGGCGGCGCGGACGUGUUCUGCUGUAUGUGCCCUCCAGAACAGCUGUGUUAUUGGAUCUUUUAAAUGUUCUUUGCAUUUUGACUUUUUUUUUUUGUUUUGUUUUGACUCAACUGGAAACUUGAAGGACUGCUGUACUUGUAAAUAACAACAGUUGAUGUGCACUUUGUGCGUGUAAAUGUCUCCUUGUCCCCUGAAUGCCCUCUGUUAUUUUUGACAUGUACCCCAACCCUGCCUCCUCCUCCUCCUCCUCCUCCCACUACUUUUUCCACUCACACUUCUCCCCGUUUAUUGUCCUGCUUGGUCCACCCCUCCUCCUCCUCCUCCUCCUCCUCCUCUUUCCACACUGACAAGAUGAGAACAGUUUCCUGUAGGCAACAUGCAGACUCCUCGAAUCCACCAACAAUUCGGUUGCCAGCUAAUACGCCCCUUCAAAAAAAAAAAAAAUAGAAAGAAAAAGAUAAAUUAAAAAGAAACUGUGCAGAAGCACUCCUUGAUGUUCCCUCAAAGAGACUUCAAAAGAAGCUGCUUAGCGGAGAAUGAACUUUCUUCUCAGAACAGUUUGUUCCGCCGCAUUAUGAAGCCAAACAGGAAAUGUAAGCGGUGUGUUUUUUUUUCUAUCUGAACAGAUAGAAGGUACCUGUGUGACAUGCAUGCACGUAGUCCCAGUCUCCAAAUGCAUGCUGAACAAAACUGAGGAGAGAUGUCUUUCCCUGGGUAUGUUGUCAAGAGGGUGCUAAAGUGUCUGUUUUUUUUUUUCUUUUCUUUUUUUUUUUUUUUAAGAAAAAGAGAGGUCAGUUACUGAGUCAAUGUUUAUUCAUGAUUACCUCCAUUUCCUGUGAAGUUAUUAGAUCUGUAAACUUGACCCUCUAUUACUCAAGGAGUGCUCUGAUUAAUGCUGAAGAGCCUGUUAUUCCAAAUUAAUCAGUUUUAAUCUGUACCUACAAGUUACCAUUUGCAAUUUUACCUCUGAAUUAUCAGAGGUCAGCUGUCUCAGAGCAAACCCAUUUUAACGACUUCACUUCCUCCUAAAGCUUUGUGCAGUUCUCCUCCUGUUGGAUCUUCCUGUUUCUUGAAGCCGUCUCUUUGUUGAUGCACCGAGAUGCUGCAGGGAGCGCGAAAAGGUUUACCUCAAAGAGCUGCGAUCUUAAAUGCAUCAAUUAUUCUCACCCCAGACUUUAUCCUGAUUGUCAAUUUGACUUCCUGGCCCCUGCAGUUCAAGUCAUUUUAACAGAUAACAGGAACCCGAAUGAAGAGACGUGAAACAGACCAGAGUAACGUGAGCGAGCCCCCGACGCGAAGGUGGAAAAUCACAAUUUAAAAGCGUGCUAAUCAAGCAAAUCCGCACCUUCUCUCCUGACCCCGCUGACCCCCCGAAAAGUUCACAUGCAGAGUUCAAGCCACCGCUGGAAAAAAAAAAAAAAAAAAAAAAAAAAAAAAA